ACUGCUGUUAUGUCAUCUGAAGAUGUUUGGUUUCUUUCCUAGUAAAAUUCCAUUCUGAUGAUAAAUUUUAAGUAAGAUACUUAAAAUUAAGUACUAGAAUUUUGUACGUUAUCUUAGUUCCUCUCACAUUGCGCGUUUCUUUUUCUAUUGAUGCAUUGGAGUAGCGUUUGCAAACAUACCAGAUGAACUUGUAUACUGAUAAACCUGUAUACACAUCCUUACGUGUUAUAUCACAUCUGACAAGAAAAUUGGAAGAAAUGCGCGAUCGGAAAGAUAAGGCAUGUUGUCUACGUAUAUCGUUUGCGCAAUCUUCACGGAAUUUUUAAUUGCUGCGACGUCCCAUAUAUUCAGCAAGCCUCCGACCUCGCCAAACAGUACGUUCAACGCACGAUGAUAACUCGGGUGAUCGGCGCAGCUCCAUUGUGCGUCUAGGCGUCCGCCGAUACUGCACUCGAAGACCGAUUGAUCUUUAGUCUGCCAAUUUGAAAGUUAUGCCACACAGCAAUAUCCAGCGAACGUUUCGUCUUCACAAGCACCGCAGAAUUAAGAAGAUUUGUUCGAUUAAAUAAUAGUAAAUUUAAAGGAAAAGGGGAAAAAAUCUUAGAAACGAAUUCUAAUAGGUGAUUCGAAGGCAAAAGUUUGGUCAAGGAGAUAUACUUUAAAUUAACGUCUCUAUGUAUAUAUAACCAAUUUUCGAGGAAUAUUUGCAAUCACAAAAGAUUUCUAUUCUUCGAAAAAUCGAUUCUAAUACCAAACUUUAAAGCGAAUUUUAUUACAAGAUUUAUUUAAUAUAAUUCUAUACAAAUGGGAAUUCUACGUCAGCUACUGUUUGGUAAAUAUCUAUUAAUUACCAAUACCGUGAGCUGUGGUUUAAUGAUGGCAGCUGGAGAUGUGAUCCAACAGCGCAGCGAACACUGGAAGAAGCACUGUUCUCAUAAAUAUUUUCCGAGUAGCGUUAUCGCAGUAUCACCAGAAGAAGACGAAAAGAUGACGAAAACGAUUUCCAGCAAGUCCGCGUAUGGACACGAUUACAUGAGGACCAGAAAUAUGACGGUUGUUGGGCUGCUUCAAGGUCCAUUUCAUCAUUGGUUCUAUACAAUUCUAGACAAGGUUUUGCCAGGCAGAAGUGCGAAAUCAGUCCUGAAAAAGACGUUUCUUGACCAGUCAAUUGCGAGUCCCACGUGUCUAACGAUAUUUUUCGUCGGCCUUGGGAUUCUGGAGAGUCGCAAGAUUGUGGAGAUCCGCGAGGAGCUAAAGCUGAAAUUCUGCGAAACGUGGAAAGUCGACUGCUGCUUUUGGCCUCCCACGCAGUGCAUUAAUUUCCUCUUCGUGCCCCUCCAUUAUCGGGUGCUCUAUACGAACGCUAUGACAAUGGUCUAUGAUAUUUUUUUAUCAUAUAUGAAAUAUGACGCUCACUUCGAGUGACAGAAAUCUCAUGGCUAGUCUGAACAAGAGAUACAACUGUGCGAGCAAUAAUUGUGAAGAACGUGCAUUGUAUAUACAUUGUUAUGUCUAUCAUUAUUAAUCAUACACGCAACAAUGUGCAAUAAACAUGUUAUCAGAAAGAA